UUGCCCGGUGGCCUCGGCAGACGGAAGCCGAGCGAGAGCCCGGCGGCGGCAGGAUGGGCGACUCCAAAGUGAAAGUGGCGGUGAGGGUCCGGCCCAUGAACCGACGAGAAAUUGAUUUGCAUACCAAAUGUGUGGUGGAUGUUGAUGCAAACAAGAUCAUUCUUAAUCCUGUAAAUACAAAUCUUUCCAAAGGAGAUGCCCGGAGCCAGCCAAAGGUGUUUGCUUAUGAUCAUUGUUUCUGGUCCAUGGAUGAAUCUGUCCGAGAAAAGUAUGCAGGUCAAGAUGAUGUUUUCAAGUGCCUUGGAGAAAAUAUCCUUCAGAAUGCUUUUGAUGGCUACAAUGCAUGCAUCUUUGCCUAUGGACAGACAGGAUCUGGAAAAUCUUACACUAUGAUGGGCACAGUGGACCAGCCUGGAUUAAUCCCAAGACUCUGCAGUGGACUCUUUGAACGAACCCAGAAAGAGGAAAAUGAGGAGCAGAGUUUUAAAGUAGAAGUGUCCUACAUGGAAAUUUAUAAUGAAAAAGUUCGAGACCUUCUUGAUCCCAAAGGAAGUCGUCAGACCUUGAAAGUCAGAGAACAUAGUGUGUUGGGACCCUAUGUGGAUGGACUUUCUAAACUGGCUGUAACAAGCUAUAAGGAUAUUGAGUCUUUGAUGUCUGAGGGAAACAAAUCUCGGACAGUUGCUGCAACCAACAUGAAUGAGGAGAGUAGCCGAUCCCAUGCAGUCUUCAAAAUCACCCUCACACAUACUCUGUAUGAUGUGAAAUCUGGGACAUCUGGGGAGAAAGUGGGCAAACUGAGCUUAGUUGAUUUAGCUGGCAGCGAACGAGCAACGAAAACUGGAGCUGCUGGUGACCGGCUAAAGGAGGGCAGCAACAUUAACAAGUCUCUUACAACUCUCGGUCUGGUCAUCUCGGCUCUAGCAGAUCAGAGUGCUGGCAAAAACAAAAAUAAGUUUGUUCCAUAUCGGGACUCAGUUCUCACGUGGCUGCUCAAAGACAGCCUUGGGGGUAAUAGCAAGACAGCCAUGGUGGCUACGGUGAGCCCAGCCGCAGACAACUACGAUGAAACCCUCUCAACAUUGAGGUACGCGGAUCGAGCCAAGCACAUUGUCAAUCACGCUGUAGUGAACGAAGAUCCCAACGCUCGUAUCAUCCGGGACCUCCGGGAAGAAGUUGAGAAGCUCCGUGAACAGCUGACCAAGGCAGAGGCAAUGAAAUCUCCAGAGCUAAAAGACCGGCUAGAAGAAUCGGAGAAGCUAAUCCAGGAAAUGACGGUGACCUGGGAGGAGAAAUUGAGGAAAACCGAGGAGAUUGCACAGGAACGGCAGAAACAGCUGGAGAGCCUGGGAAUCUCUCUGCAGUCUUCAGGAAUCAAAGUUGGGGAUGACAAGUGUUUCCUUGUUAAUCUGAAUGCUGAUCCUGCUCUGAAUGAACUCCUGGUGUAUUAUCUAAAGGAACAUACAUUGAUAGGGUCAGCAGAUUCCCAGGACAUCCAGCUGUGUGGAAUGGGGAUUCUUCCUGARCACUGCAUCAUAGACAUCACGUCAGAAGGCCAGGUUGUGCUCACUCCUCACAAGAACACUAGAACAUUUGUAAACGGGUCCUCUGUCUCCAGUCCAAUACAGCUGCACCAUGGAGACAGGAUAUUAUGGGGGAACAAUCAUUUCUUCAGACUCAGUUUGCCUAAAAAGAAAAAGAAAGCAGAACGAGAGGAAGAGGAGCAGGACGCCUCCCUGCGGAACGAUAACAGUUCUGAGCAGCUGGACGUGGAUGGGGACUCCUCUAGUGAGGUGUCCAGUGAGAUCAGCUUCAAUUUUGAGUAUGCACAGAUGGAGGUGACCAUGAAGGCCCUGGGCAGUAAUGAUCCAAUGCAGUCGAUAUUGAACAGCCUAGAACAGCAGCAUGAAGAAGAGAAACGCUCCGCACUAGAACGGCAGAGGCUCAUGUAUGAACAGGAGCUGGAGCAGCUCCGGAGAAGGCUGUCCCCCGAGAAGCAGAGCUAUCGUACAGGAGACCGGCUGUCUUUCCACUCGCCCAGCGCCCAGCAGCGCCUGAGGCAGUGGGCGGAGGAGAGAGAAGCAACGUUGAACAACAGCCUGAUGAGACUGAGGGAGCAGAUCGUUAAGGCCAAUCUGUUGGUGAGAGAAGCUAGUUACAUUGCAGAGGAGCUGGAUAAAAGAACCGAAUACAAAGUGACCCUGCAGAUUCCUGCCUCCAGCCUGGAUGCCAACAGGAAGCGAGGCUCUCUCCUCAGUGAGCCUGCAAUCCAAGUGAGACGAAGAGGAAAAGGAAAGCAGAUUUGGUCUUUGGAAAAACUGGACAACAGGCUGCUGGAUAUGAGAGAUCUUUAUCAGGAGUGGAAAGAGUGUGACGAGGACACCCCGGUUAUCCGAUCGUACUUCAAGCGUGCUGACCCAUUCUAUGACGAGCAGGAAAAUCACAGUCUCAUUGGGGUGGCCAAUGUCUUCCUGGAGUCCCUGUUCUAUGAUGUGAAGUUACAGUAUGCUGUCCCGAUCGUCAAUCAGAAGGGAGAGGUGGCUGGUCGGCUGCAUGUAGAGGUGAUGCGAMUCAGUGGUGCCAUUGGGGAGAGAAUCGCAGGAGGUGACGACGCUACCGAGGGCUCCUUUGAGAAGGAGGCCCAGGAGAGCAGACUGGUGUGCAUGGUGAAAAUACUUCAAGCCACGGGGUUGCCACAGCACUUGGCCCACUUCGUGUUCUGCAAAUACGACUUCUGGGAUCAGCAGGAACCAGUGAUAGUCGUGCCUGAGGUGGAUACCUCCUCCUCCCCUGUCAGCAAGGAGCCUCAAUGCAUGGUUGUCUUUGAUCACUGCAGCGAGUUUUCUGUUAACAUCACGGAAGACUUCAUUGAGCAUCUAUCAGAAGGGGCCUUGGCAAUUGAAAUAUAUGGACAUAAAAUGAAUGACCCCCGGAAAAACCCAGCCCUGUGGGAUUUGGGAAUCAUCCAAGCAAAAACACGAAGUCUUCGGGACAGGUGGAGCGAAGUCACCAGGAAAUUGGAAUUCUGGGUUCAGAUCUUGGAACAGAAUGAGAAUGGUGAAUACUGCCCUGUAGAAGUGAUUCCCGCCAAGGAUGUUCCAACGGGAGGAGUCUUCCAGCUCCGGCAGGGGCAGUCCCGGCGAGUUCAAGUUGAAGUGAAGUCUGUGCAGGAGUCUGGGACUUUGCCGUUGGUGGAAGAGUGUAUACUGUCUGUUGGCAUUGGAUGCCUGAAAGUUAGACCACUCAGGUCCCCCAGAACUCUUGAUGCCUUCCAGGAGGAAGAGGAGGACAUGGACAGCUACCAGGAUCGGGAUUUAGAGCGAUUACGUAGAAAAUGGCUGAAUGUGUUAACAAAGCGUCAAGAGUAUUUGGAUCAACAGCUACAAAAGCUUGUCAGCAAACCUGAUAAAACAGAAGAUGAUGCUGACCGUGAGGCACAGCUCCUAGAGAUGAGGUUGACUCUAACUGAGGAAAGGAACGCUGUGAUGGUCCCCUCUGCUGGCAGUGGCAUUCCAGGGGCCCCUGCAGAGUGGACACCAGUUCCUGGGAUGGAAGCCCACAUUCCUGUUAUAUUCCUUGACCUGAAUGCUGAUGAUUUCAGCUCUCAGGAUAACCUUGACGACCCAGAAGCUGGAGGAUGGGAUGCCACCCUGACUGGGGAAGAGGAGGACGAGUUCUUUGAACUCCAGGUCGUGAAACACCAUGAUGGAGAGGUGAAAGCAGAGGCCUCCUGGGACUCCGCAGUGCAUAGCUGUCCUCAGCUCAGCAAGGGCACGCCCACAGACCAGCGCCUGUUCCUGAUCGUGCGUGUGACAGUCCAGCUUAGUCAUCCCGCUGACAUGCAGCUGGUCUUACGCAAAAGAAUUUGUGUGCACGUUCACGGCCGGCAGGGUUUUGCUCAAAGUCUCCUAAAAAAGAUGUCUCAUCGAAGUUCUAUUCCUGGAUGUGGAGUGACCUUUGAAAUUGUCUCCAAUAUUCCAGAGGAGGCCCAGGGAGUGGAGGAGCGAGAGGCGUUAGCAAGGAUGGCUGCCAAUGUGGAGAACCCGGCUUCCGCCGACUCAGAGGCGUAUAUCGAGAAGUACCUGCGGAGUGUGCUGGCCGUGGAAAACCUGCUGACCCUGGAUCGCCUGCGCCAGGAAGUGGCCGUGAAGGAGCAGCUGACCGGGAAAGGCAAGCUGAGCAGGAGGAGCAUUAGCUCUCCCAAUGUGAACAGAUUGUCUGGAAGCCGGCAAGACCUUAUCCCCUCGUACAGUCUGGGCGUCAACAAGGGCCGGUGGGAAAGUCAACAGGAUGUAUCCCAAACAACGGUUUCCAGAGGAAUAGCUCCAGUCCCCCCUGCCCUCUCUGCUUGUCCCCAAAAUAACCACUCGCCAGAUCCAGGGCUUGGUAGCCUAGCAGCCUCCUACUUGAAUCCAGUAAAAUCCCUGGUGCCACAGAUGCCAAAGCUGCUGAAGUCCCUUUUUCCUGUCCGCGAUGACAGAAGGGGCAAACAGCCACCUCCCCUUGCACAUCAGCUGGUGCCUCGGAUCCUGGUGCAGCCAGCCUUCGCCGAUGCCCUGGUCACCAGGACAGAGGAGGCCCCGCAUGGCAGCCUUGGGCCUGGUGUGGCCUCUGAGAUUGCGGCGCAGACGGCAGCCCCUGGGGCGAAGAGCUCCGAGAAACCAGCCAAAGUGCCUUCCCCACCGCCCGCCGCUGUGGUCACCCAGGUCCCGGAAGGGCAGGACGGCCCCCCCAGCCCCCUGAGUGAGGCCUCCAGCGGCUACUUCUCUCACAGUGUCUCCACUGCCACCCUGUCCGAUGCACUCUGCCUGGGCCUGGAUGUUGCUGUCCCUGCUGGCCAGACGCCUGGCUCUCCACCAGCGCCCAGCCAGGCUGCCCCGGAGGCUGGGCUGGCCUUUCCCUCCUGUGCGCAGAGCCACCCACCUGGACGAGAGGAGCCUGCUGCCCAGCCUCCCCCGCCUGCCCCCAGCAGGGACCCUGAGACCUCCAAGGCCCUGUUGCUCCCUGACCCCCCACCGUUGGCACCUGUGUCCCCGUUCAGAAUCCAGAAGGUGCGGACCUCGGAGCUGAAGUCGUUCACAUGCAUGCUGGGCGGUGGCUCUGGGAUCCAGGAGGACCUGCUUGCCACAGUAGGGUCUGGUGACACUGGGGGGCAGGCCCUGGGGACACCAGAAGUGGCCUCUGAUUCUGAGGAUACCAGUGAAGUCCCCGAGUGGCUCAAAGAGGGGGAGUACGUUGCUGUGGGCACCAACAAGACAGGCAUCGUGAGGUACGUCGGGCCUGCUGAUUUCCAGGAGGGGACAUGGAUUGGUGUGGAGCUGGACCUUCCGUCAGGAAAGAAUGACGGCUCCAUUGGUGGGAAGCAGUACUUCAAGUGCAACCCGGGCUACGGGCUGCUGGUGAGGCCCGGGCGCGUGCGCAGGGCUGCGGGGGCUGGGCGCAGGCGCAGCUCGGGGCUCCGGCCGCAGGGCGCCCCCGAGGCCCGCCGGAGCGCCACCCUCUCGGGCUCCGCCAGCAACCUGGCCUCGCUGACGGCCGCUCUGGCCAAGGCCGACAGGGCCCACAAGAACCCCGAGAACCGGAAGUCCUGGGCCAGCUGAGCCACCGCCUCCCGAGGCAGACACCCAGGGAGCUGCCGAGCCCCCCCUGUGACGCCUGGGGACCUCCCCAAGCAGGCUGAGGAGUGCUCUUUGCACGACACAGGGCUGGUGACUGCCCGUUCCCUGUCCUCCCGGCCCUGGAAGCUUGGCUUCUCCCUGUCGUCCGUGGCCGAGGAGGCCCCCAGCUGUGCCUCCCGGUGGCGGGUGGGAAGUGCGGAGCCCGGGUGGUGGGACCCCCGUGGGAGGCCCGGGCACUCCGCCUGCCUGGGGCACCCCCCAGGGUCUUCCCCUCUCUUCCGGCACCCUGACGCCUUAAUUUAAGGAGUGACUUUCCCAGCACCUGCGGGGCUCCCGUGGGCCUGGCUGUCCCUGUCCCGCCUCCCCGCAGGGGACAAGUCCCGUCAGGGCCAGGGGCGCGGCGGAGGGCGUCCGGCAGGGUCUCUGGGAGCCCUGGCUUCUAGACCUGGCUGGAAGGUCUUCUGUUUGCCAUUGAUUCUCCUAACCGGAUGCUUGGGAUAUAUUUAUUUAUAUUUAUUUUUAAAAUCUGAAAUCAUUGCGAGCUCAAUCGCCCUCUGCCUGGGCUGGUGCUGAGCCUUCCUGAGUGCCCUGGCCUUUCUGGUCCUCCUGCCUGGGCAGCGCUUCCUGGGGGAGACGUGUGUGUGUGUCCUGCACACACGUGUUUGUUGGUGGCCUUUGUCCASGAUGACAGGGGACAGGGGAGGAGCACAGAGGGGCACCCCCCUCGCUGGUGCGCGGUGGCAUUUUAACUUCCUCCACCUGGCGGCAGGCGGCCUGGGGAGGGAGAGGCCGGUUGCCCUCCCAGGCCCACAGCCUCCCCAGGGGUGGCUCCCCUCCCUGCCAGACGGGAGGCUUCUCAUCCUGGGGCCUUUCGUGUCAGCUGUGUUGAGAGAGUGUGUGUGUGUGUGUGUGCGCGCGCACAAAACUGGGCCAGGCCUGGUCCCGGUGGGUGGAGGACACCCCCAAACUGUCUUGUCUCCAGCAGCCCCAACUUGCCCACCGACCCCAGCUCAGGGCUGGAGUUUGCACUGGGCACCUCUGGGCUGGAGUUUGCACUGGGCACUCCUGGCGGCUGGGUUUGGUUCUUGGAAAAACCAUCGCGGAAGUUUUUGGUGAGGAAUCCGGUUCUAAAGAGGUUUGAAGCCCCUUAUGAGAAGCAGUGCUAGACCUUAUCUCCAGAUGGGGCCACCAAGCCUGAGCUGGCCCCCCUGCAUUACUCUGGCCAGCAUGGGCAGCACAUGGUGCCAGAGGCCAGGACAAUUAACCCAGGGCACUCUGACCACCAGGGGACGGCCAGGAACAGGCUCAGGCCGGAGCAGUCCCUCAGGCAGGGUCAGCGUCCAGCCUGUGUCUGCACAGGCCCGUCCUGGGGCUGGCGUCUUCAUGAUCCCCCCUUGUGAGCGGGCAUUGUGAGGGGUCAGGGCUGGCCAAGGCCCUGCCAAGGGGAUCUGGUCUGCCCCUUUCUGGGACAGCAUGACUGGAGGGAGCCUCCAUCCUGAGGCAGGCAUUGACCAGCGGCCUUCCCUUCCUGUUUUGGGGACACUGUGGGCUGUGGAUUCUGCCUGGCUUUUCUCCUUUCCCUCCUGCGCAGCAUGGCUCUUCUGGAGUCUGGUUCAGUUGGAGUCAGUGUCCCCUGUGUGGCUGUUGGGCAGGGACCAGCCCCUCCCUCGGGCAGGCCAAGCCCCGGGAGCCCCAGGAGAGAAAGCUGGAGGUGGGAGUCGGGCAGGGCCUGCUGGAGCCGUGGUCAUAGGCCCGGGAGGGGAACCUGGUGCUGCUCUUCAUCAUUCUGGGCCUUUAAAGUGGAGGAGGAUAAAAAGGGAUCAUCGACUUGAAGAGCUUGUGAGCAGGAGCGCAGGAGCCGGGAGGCUUGACCAACAUGGCUCAGGCUCCUCGUCCUUGUCCUGCAGAGUGCGGGACACCUUCUCUCUCCCAGGCCUCUUCUCCCCAUCUCCCAGGGGCAUCCCCUACCUGGUGCAGUGAGCUCAGCCUCCUUUCCAGCCUUGUUCACAGGCCUGAGCAGGCCUGCGGGGACAGGCGUGUGCUGGGGUGUGGAGACCUCUCUGCGCUCUUGGCUGGAGUUUUCUUCCAGCUUAGGGUCUUGUGCUUGGGGUCUCGUGAGCCUGUGAGGAGUUGGUCCUAUUGGUGUUGUGAGUGUCUGUGUCCAUAGCUGAGGGGGCGCAGGGCGUGCCUCUGUUGCCCCUGUCCCGAGGGCAGGAUGUGGGCCUCUGGAAGGACAGCACCGCUGGAGGGGAGGCUGGUGGACAGCACCCCACUGGGCCUUGCCCGCAGCUUGCCCCUGGGUCCUUCCUGCACUGAACCUACUCAUCCCCUAGGGCAGAGGGAGGCACUAGCUGCUCCCUGUGGGAGGCUCUCAGCACUUCUGCUACCCUYGGCUUCCUGGGCAGCCCUGUCUCCCGCUAGGCGAGCUGCGCAGGCGCUGGGUGAGGCCUGCUCAGGUUUAGUCUUUCCUCUUGCUCUUUGGCGUAGAUUAACACUAACUUGUGGCUGGAGAAACAAGGGUGUGCAGUAGGGAUGGUCACUGAAGUGCUGGGCAGUGGAGGGACAGGGAAGGUGUGUAUCUGGGUUCCUGGGAAGGCCUAGAGGUGUCCAUGUCCCCUUCACUCCUGGUCUUUUCUCCCUUGGGCUUAAGCAUUGUCUGUACAUGAAGCAGGAGGUUCUGGGUUCGAGUUGUCCUUGCUUAGGCGCCCUGUCUGCGGAGGCUACAGGGUGUGGAGCGUAUUUUGAUGCUUCUGGUGCCAUCAGCCCCAUGCCACCUUAGACAGGAGGCACUGAGGUGGCGGGGCCAUCUGUAGUGCCUUUCCCUGGGGUGCACCCCCACAACAACUGUACCCAAAGCCUCUUUCUCUCUGAAAGGCCUGGUGCCCUGGUGAGCUGCACACGCUACUGGUGUUGGGAGAGUCUGAACAGCUUCUCUGUGUGGAUUUUGUAAAUAUCUUGAAUUCACACAGAGAAGUGAUUUGAUUUGGGGAUUAUAGUGAUUUGGUACACAUUAAAUGGGAGUUAAAAAAAAAUCCAAAGACUGUAAUGAAUUGUAAAGAUUUUAAUGAUUCCUCUGUGUGGUGAACUAAACGCUGUAACUCUGUACCAUAUAUGCCUUCCCAUCAAAUGACCAGCAGCUUCUGAAUAAAGCCAAUGAC